CGGUUGGGCAUAAUGGUAUGGAUAUCAAUAUGCUACCCCUCCUAUAAACUAACAUACGUAUGUUAACUAUAUUCUGUGUAUUUAAAAUACAAUUUUUUUUACAUUAGUGUAUUAGUGUUUUUGAACGGUUGUUUUAAACGUUUUAAAUUAUUGUAUACUUUUUAGUUUGUCAAAUAGACGUAAACACCAAAAUGUAAGUACCUACAAUCUAUUUUGUUAUUAAAGCUAUAGGUAUUAAUAUAGAGUUAAUAUGUUAUUUUAAAUUUUGGUAUUAACAAUUUGAAAAAUAAAAUUUAAUAUUUAGGUAUUAAACUGAUUAUUAUUAAUUCUUGGAUAUUUGUGAAAUACCUAAUAUCUUUAUGUAUGCAACAAAUCAUAUUGAUAUCAUUAAGGUAUUUAUGUUUCAGCGACUUUAAAAUAAAAUAUUUUAAGAAUAUUGUGAUUUACAAUAUAGGAAAAUAUACUUGACUUGUUAAGUUUGUUAUUAAAAAUUUGUAUCCAAUUACUUUAUACAAUAAUUGCAAUUUAACAAUGUGGUACCUAUCUUUCGUUGGUUAUUUGCAAUUUUUUUUUAGAAUUUUAUUUUUAUAUCUAUGUACCCAUCUAGUAUUAACAGUAUAAUUUAAGCUCUAAAUAUUAUUGAAAAAAAAUAAUUUUUUUUUGUUAAUUUUAAUUUCUUUAUUAUUUAAAUUGUAUUAAUUAAAGACACAGAAAUGUUUAAAUGUAUUUUGUGUUUUUCCAUUAAUUUAUUAUGCACCUAUCUGACAAUAAAUUAGGCACAGUCUCCUUAAACCUCGGCUUGAACAAUAAUUCAGUAACAGUAACUAUAAUUAAACAUUUAGGUACCUAAUAAACCUUACAUGGUAAUUAAUAAGAUUAGUAGUAGGCACUAUCUUUAAAUAUUAUUUUAUUUUCCUGUUUCUUGCAGGACAUGUUCUGUGAUAUAUCUAGUCAAAAAAAAAAACCAUUAAUUUAAGUCAAAAAUUAUAAUAAUAAUAUGUUGAAUAAUGAAUGCUAAAGAACGUGCACGUAAUAGAUGGAAAUUAUUGGCAAACACAGUCAGUAAAAAAUGUCAAGACCAAAUACUCGCAGCACACAUAAGUUAUGAUCUCUUUAAUGUUGAAUGCAUCAAUACUGAAUGGUAUAAAUAUUCUGCACGGGUCCAAAGCAAUUAUUUCAACGCAAAUGUGUGUCGAUCUUCUAUAGUUGUUACGCCCGAGGAACUUAUGGGCUUUAACAAUACUGGAAAUGUGCGUAUAUGGCCAUCUGAAGAGGUAUUAGCUUACUAUGUACUAUCAAAUCUGGAUAUAUUCCGAGAUAAGACUGUAUUAGAGCUAGGCGGUGGUAUGAGCUGUUUAGCAGGUAUCAUGGCCGCUCUAUACGGUUAUUGUUGUAAUGUUCAUUUGACUGAUGGAAAUCCGAAUUCUGUAUAUAAUGUUGAACGUAUACUUGAGAAAAAUGUGUUUACAUCAAAGGUUUCGUGUUCGGUUAGUUAUUACUUAUAAUAAUCAUCAUUUUUAUAUUAUUAAAACAAACAAAUACAUAAUAUGUACCCAGCUAUUUGUUGUUCUUUUAUUUAUUUCAAUUUCAAUUUUUGUCAUUAACCUGAUAUAUUUUGCAUUAUUAGUACCUACCUACCUACUUAAUUUUACUGUAUUGGGCUUCAGAAAAAAUAUCUAAUAUAAUUUGUUUGUUUUUUUUUUGUACUUACUGUUUGGUUGUGUUACAUUCUUAAAUAGUUGUAGUCUUAGUGAAAAAUCAGAAUUCUUGUUUAAAAGCAUGUUUUUGAAGAAGUUGAAAUUAAUGAACAAGUCAAUAUUUGCAUUUUCAAUUGUUUCUGGAACUAAUGGUAACAUUCGCUGAUUAGGUGUUGAAAUGGAACCAACGACCUGCAAACGUUUGUCAUUAUGAUGUGGUACUAGCUGCUGAUUGCCUAUUUUUUGAUGAAGCUCGUGAUGAUUUGGUACAUACUAUUGCAGCAUCGUUAGCAUUUGAUGGAGUAGCAUUGGUAGCUGCUCCAAAACGAGGGACUACAUUGUACGAGUUCAUAAACAUGGCACAGCAAGAAGGUUUAGUAUGCUCUGUGCAACAAAACUACAAUGCGUUGGUGUGGGAGCGUCAUUCUAAACAGGUUCUCUUCAACUCAUUAUAUGACGCCGAUUCACAUUAUCCUUUGUUGAUAAGUAUUACCAAAGCGACCAACAUUUACAAUUGCCAAUUUCAAUAAAAUAUUUAAGAAAUUACAUUAUUUGGAUAUAUGUAUUUUAAAUAUUGAUAACUUAUUAUUGCCAGUAGAUUAAUUCCUAACAUUUUGCGGCAUUACAAAUUAUGAUAAUUACCUAUUACAGGGAAUCAAUGUGUUUCUGUAGUAUAAUUCAAUAGUUACAUUUCAGUAUUUGUUAUUACAAUUAUUAAUGUUUUUUUUUUUUUUUACUAUUAAUAUUUAAAUAUAUUGUUAGUAAAACAUAUAAUAUUUUAGGUGCCCACCUUAUUAAUUUUAAUUUCCAAACUUUAGUUAUACAUAGUGUAUUAUAGAAUUAAGUCCAAUUUGAAUUAUUUAUACCUUAUGCUAUAGACUACAAUUGAAAAUAAUUAUUUUUCAUUAGUUCCAUUAGUUUUAAUUAAUUUUAUAGGUUCCUAUCCUAAAUAUGAAACUUAACAUCAAAUAGAGUUCCUUAAUAUUCUAGAGUUUAAAAAAACAAUUUUCUUAACAGGGUGUUGAUUUUUUUUUCUAUUUUCUAUUUAAAAAUAAUCAAUAAUUAUUGGUGAUAAUCUUAAAUCAACAUUUGUUUUUUUUAAAGUCGCCAAAUAUUUACAAUUUCCUUUUGGUUUUUCCUUAGAAAUUGGACAUUAUUAGGUGUUAAGACAUUGAAUUACAUGAUGAAUUGAUCUCUACAUUUUGGUAGCUAUAAUCUGGUUAUAACAACUGAACUCUCUCAAAAAACAAUUAAAAAUGCCUGAAAAGUUAUUUUUUUUUUUAAAUAUAACAAUUUUUUGACCAAUUAAUAUAUUUGAAGAUGAAAAAUUAAUUAAAAAUAUCAAAAAUGUAUUUGUGAAAGACAAGAGUGCAUAUUGCUAAACAUUUUUGAUAUUUAUUAUAGUAAGUAUUCAUAGGCCUUAGAAUAUGUUUGAUGUGUUUAUUCUUGGUUUCUUAAUAAUUACAUUGUUGUACUUACAUACAACUUAUUAUCCAAGUACUUUUGUUUAUAUCCUAAAUUUGAUUUAUUGUGUUUUUUUAUAUGGUUGAAUUUUCAUAUAAUACUGUUUUGAUUUCUAAAAAUCUCGUGAAUAAUACUUGUAUAAAUUUCAACACAUACUACUUUAAUAUAAGUAUCUAUAAAAUCUAUCAACAAUUGAGUUAUUCGAUAUUUGUGGAUAUUAAAAUUAUGUUUUAAUUAAUUACCUUAAAUACAAAUAAGAAUUGGCUUACAAUUUAUUGAAGAUAUUUAAGUGUUCAAUAAUCAAAUAAAUAAUAUCUAGACAUUUUUCUCUAAUUGUUAUUCAUUGUUUGAUUAAAUAAUUUUUAGAAAUGGACAGACAAUAAUUUAUGCCACCUUAUCUUUUAUUUACAUUACACUUGUGGUUAUUUUUUUCUUUUAUUUAAAACUUAGUGUUUAAAAACCAUAACAUUACCAAUUGUGUACUUGAAUUUCCUGUAGUUUUCAUUUUCCAUUACAUACAAUAUGUUCCUAUUAAUUUGCUAUUUUGUCCUUUCAUCAAUUAUAAAAUUGUAGAAAAAUAUAACACUUUGUUUUUUAGCAUAGAUAAAAAAAACAAUCUUGUAAGUAUAUUUAUUUUUUAUCAUAGUAAUAAUUAUUUUGAACACCAAUACAUUAAACACAUUGAAUUUAUUCAUAUUAAACUAUUACGUGGGUAUAUAUUUAUACAUAUUGUAAUUUUAGUGCUAUUAUAAAACCUAGAGGGUCCAAUUUAGAAAUAAUAUAACUCAAUUUACAUUUUGGUUAUAUAAAUAUAAUAAUGGUAUUUUAUUCAUUAGUAUUAUAUUUACAAUAUAUUGUUAUGGAUAUAUUUAAAAAAAAAAAAGACAAUUAUUUUUUACACUGUUACCAUAUUAUAAUAAUAUGUUUAUUAAACAUAUCUAGUCUCAUUUAGUGAUUUAAAAUUUAUAAUUUUUUUUUUUAUUAACUAGAAUAGUGAUUUAUUUAUUUCAGUAAAAUUAUAUUGGUACAUCAUUUAUUAGCUUAGUUAUAAUAAUUUAUAAAUGUGAUAAUUGCACAAAUAUUUAUAUAUUAUAUUAAACAUCAUUAUUAUGUAUAUAAGUAUUGUUUGUACAACUUCAAACAUAUUUUAGAUUUUUUAAUUUUAAAUAAUACAAUUGUAUGGAUAUUCAUUCCAAUCGGGUUUCUAUGUUAAUCACUGCUCGAAUUGGGGAUGGGUUGCAGGCAAAUGGAAUCCUCUUUCAUUUUUUUUAAAUAUUCAUCCUCUUCAUUCAUUUAGGGAAAUUAGGAAUUUUUCAUAGAAAGAGUCUGUAUUAAUUUGCAUUGCACAACUGUUCAUCAUUUUUGUUAUCUAAAAUUAAAAUUUUGUAGCUCUUUGGCUUUUGGAAAAAUAUCUAUAAUAAAAAAUUUUAUAAACAUUUAUAAAAUAAUUGUUGUUUAUAUUCCUCUGUAGUUAAACAAUCUUUCAUUAGAUUUCCUUAUAUUUUAACUGCUUUUGCCAGAGAUCAACCUUAAAAUUAAUUAUUUUAUUUUUGUCAAUGCUUAUUAUUUUUUCUUUUUAACAAGGUAGAUUUAAUAGAAGUAUUAAAUAUCAAGGUAUUGCCUCCUGUUUUUUUAUUUCUUCAUUUAUCUGCCAUGUAACUAUGGUUUAUAAAAUAAAACCAAUGGUCCGUUUCUCCCCACUUCGAGCACUGAUGUUACUUAAACAUAAUAUUGUAACUGUAAGCCGAUUCAUAUUAUUACGUGAUUAUUUUAUUAUUAUGCCUACAAGAUGGUUUUAAACAUAUUUAAUAAUAUACAUUUUAGUUUAUAUCACCUACUUAUUAUUGUUAUUAACGAAUUAUUUUUUAAUCGUAUAAUAAAAUUUAGCGGUUAACAAUUAAAUCGUGGUCGUAUUUUUAUUUAAAAUUUAAAUAAAAAGACCGCAUUAGUAAUCUGCCAAUACAUGUCGAUCAGUAAUCACUCUCUCCUCCUCUCUUUUUCUUUCCCUCUUAUUCUCAUUUUCUCUCGCAGUGAUUGACAAUAACAGUUGUGUGGGCGAUAUGUGGUACAUGCGGACACAUCAAUACCCGAGAGUUAUAUUCGGUUACUGUUUUGACGUGAGUGUAAAAUUAAUCAAAGGAAGAACAUUUUCAAACCGCCUCGACUAUGGUCGUUCGUCUACAAUGCGUUCAUGAUUUGAAAAAAAAAACCCCCAUUGCCAAGGACCGCCGUCACAAUUCUGUAAGUGUCUGCAGUGAGUGCCUGUUUGACCUGUUUCCAUUUGUUGGUGGCGCAGCGCCCGAGAAUUGACCUAAAUGUACCUAUAUAGUUAAGUACUUAUACCUAAAUUCGGUUUAUGACAUUUUUUUAAGUCGCUAAAACACUAAAUACAAUAAUAUCAUGGAUUUUAUUGAAUACUACUAAAUUGUUAAUACCUAAUAUCUAAUGUAAAUUAUCUAUUAAUACGUUAUUUUCUGGGAAUGAAGAGAAAACCAAACCAGUAAACAUUUGCAUAGGUACGUGUUAAUGGGUUGAUAACCAGUGUUGUGAAAAAAACAAGUUGAAUAGAAUAAAAUAUUCAAAAAAAGAUCCUAUUUUAUUUUUAAAAAAUAACAAAAAACAAUAUUGAAACGUAAUAAAAUAGUAACUUUCCGAAUAUUUUCUCUAUCUUUCUUUUCCUAUAUUCUACGGAAGACUCCUUAAUUUGCUAUACACUUACUAUGUAAUUUAAAUAACUUAUUUGAAGAAUUUUCCUGAGUCAUCCCUCGAAUGUUAGUAAUUUGUUUCUUCAGCCUUCCCUCUUCCCUACUGCCCAUGUUACCCCACGAGAGCAUGUUUUUCUUUAUUUUCAUUUCUAAUGUUUCCGGUAAUGAGUAAAGUUUUUUUUUUCUAUUUAAUGCAAAUCUUGUCAGUUGUAAUCUGCGUUUUAUUUCUUUGAUGCAACAUUCAUCAUUUGUUACUAACAAUAGUUUCCAAGUAUUAAAAAUUAUCAAAGAAACAGGGGCGUCAUUUCAGGUACUGCAGUGUAUGCUUGUGCAUACUUAAAAUUAAUAAACAUUGUAUUUUGACCCGACUUUAAUUUUUUUUCGUCGGUAAAAAAAAUAUUUUUUUUAAUUGGUCUUAAGCAUCGGUAAUUAUAGUCAUAAGCUAGCUGUACUAGGUAUGUUAUAGUAAGUGUAAACAAUUUUCUUUGUAAUAAUUUUAUAGUAAAAUAUAUAUUAGCCAACUGAAAAUUGUUUGGCCUACCUAUUGUUAACAUACCUUUCAAAAAGUUGAAAAGAUACUCUUGUUUUUUCAGGUGUAUCAUACUAACUGUCUAGUUUUAUAAUAGGUGGAGUUGUUUCAUUGUGACUAUGUUGACGAACAUUUUAGUUUUUAUUUUAUUUAUUUCCAUAUUGUAUUCUUUAAAUAUAAUAUUCAUUAUCAUUAGAAUAAUAUGUAAACCUUCUUCACACAUUUUUAAUAUCGUAAUGUCGUCUUCUUAGAUGUCCACUUUUUCGUCUUAUACUUUUAUUCCUACUCCGAGUAUUUUAACUUGUUGUGUGGGAUAUUCUUACGAUAAACACAAUGUUUAUAAGCAAAAAGAGAACAAAUCUUUUUUUGUUAAAGAAAAUUAGUUUAUAUAAUAAAAGUAUAAUAAAGUUCCCUCAGUAUACGACAAUUCAUUUUUGUUUUUGUCAUUCCCAUUCAUCGUAUGUACUUUGGUUACUUUUGACACUUUGCCUUUAUCCUGCACAGGUGAGAGCCAUUAAUUACUCGUAUUAUUCUCCUCCACAUCUCUUUGUCUAUCCCUAAUCUUUAGCAUUAUUUUCUUUAACCCAGCUCUUCCCCGAGUUACCAGUGUAUACUUAUCGUCUAUUGAACUCUUGAAGUCUUCACUAUCUUUUUUUGUUUUGAUUUCACUACAAAUUUGAAUGAAUUUUGAAUUGCUACUUUUCGAUUAUAUUGUUAUACUACUGUAUUAUGAUUACUUACAAUAUUUGAUUUUUUUUAUCUAUUUUUUUUUUUUAUUCGGGUGGGAGGACUAUAACCAGUUUUUCAGAGGUUGAGAGGCUUAUUAUAUUGUCCCUUGUCUGAGUGUCAAUACGGGAUCGAUAUGAUGAUUUUAAAACGAAAAGAUUCGCCCUGAUAUUGAGCGUACACGCUGUAUUAAUAAUUAUUUUUGUGAAUAUUCAUUGGUCGCGUGCCGGUGGUAUUGGCGUUCGUCGAGGACGAGACGGACGUGCACGCGCUUCCGGUCCAAAACGCAUUAAUGGGCUAUUAUAAAAUAUCGCGAUUAAAAAGUCCGCAGCCGGUGGUCUGCGCGUAUAGAUCGGACGAUUUAGUUUAUCGUUAUUAUUGCUGGCAACUUAGACUGUUUUUUUUUUUUUUUUUAAUUUUAAUUUUUUCACAUCCCAGAGAUGCAUUUUCGUCGCAGUCGUUUUUUUUUUUUUUGUAUUUCUAACUUCGUACGGGGCGUCAUAAUUGAUAAUAGCGCUACGAUCAGCGUUGCGAUUUGUGCGAGUGGUCUGUGAAAAGAGCUCAAUAUUUACAAAAAAAACAUGAUAGACUAGACAUUUGGUACAAGAUUUCUGGUAGGAAAACAAAUUGAAUAUAAUGAAACCGUUAAUGUCCGGUUUUUUUUUCUGAUUAUUUUAAGAAAACUUUUUGGAAAAUCAACAAAAUGAUGGUCUUCUUGAUAUGCACCGAUUGGAAAAAAUUUGCUUAACUGGAGUAAAAUUUCUGGUAGAAAAGUUAACUGUGACAGACAACGUUUUAAAAAUUUUCAGAAACUAUUCUAAUAUUUGGUAUGAAAUAUUAUACCUUCCUCCCCGCACAACACUAUAAAACAAUAAUAACACGAUAUAUAUAUACGCGCGUGUGUAAAUUAUAUACAAACAAGUCGAUGUUUACGAUUUAUUAUUUUUUCCUCCGUUUUACGAUUUGUUUUUUUUUUUUUUUUAUACAUAGACGUUUUGGUCGUUUAACGUUCUAUUAAUAUUAUGCGCCUAUACGGUUUUUUUGUUUUUGGAACGGUCACAAAACGGUUAGUCUCGGAGAUUGCCAAUCGCCGCGUAUUAGACCAAGAUUCCUGAUUUAGAUCAUCGGCGGUGCCCCAGGCUAAAUGCCCUCUAUUAGCAACGCUGGUCGCCAAAUCGUACGUGUAUCGAUUGCCCGCGCCGUGCCGUUAAUUUUAGUCAACACGCACGCAGCACGCCCGUAAUUUCAUUACCUACGUGAAUAAAAGGCCGGGAAGGUAGGAUAUAGGUAAUAGCUGCGGUAAUUGGUUUAAAUCCUCAACGUACCGGAGAUAAAUCGAUGCAAACGAAAUACGAUUCCUGCGUGGUGCUUGGUUAGAAAUGUCGUUAUUUUUACGAGGUUCGUCGAUCUUCGGAAAAAAUAUCUCGUGAGCAACAGAGUUCAACCAUCACAAGAGUCGAAAUUUUCCCCGUCAAUUGUGUAUUAAAGAAAUAUUUUUUUUUCUAAAACAAUACUAUGUAAUACAAUGUACUAUUAAAUAUUUGAUUACAACUAUUUUACUUCCAAAAAAAUCGGGUGAAAUUUAAGUAUAAAAAUGUUUAGGGUGUGGGUUGAAAGUUAAAACACUCAAAAGGCACAUCAAUAUUACUAAUUCUAUAUGUAUGUAUAAUAUUAUAUAAUUUUAUACCCCCGGCAAAAUUUCAUUUGGGACUCGGUAGUGUUCAAAGCUUAAAAAAAAAACAUUUUCUGUCAGCAAAAACGCGGUGAAAUUCAAUACAACUUGAAUCAUUCCAAUCCGCCCUUAAAAUAACGAUGAUUUUAGAAAUUUUACCUCUUUUAGGUAAGUCCAAUAUAAGUAUUAUUACCAAGUUUUAAGUCUACGUGUAUUUAUAACCGAAUUAUAGAAAAAAAACUCAUUAAAAUUACUUAAAAGCUCAAAAGUUUUGACCAUGGUACUGUAAGAAAGUAAAUCAAAAAGGAAACAAAAAAGAUGUCUUCGAUUUUUUGAUUAAAUUAUUUUUUCUGAUAGAAAACGUCGUCCGUGUUUUUAUAAAAUUAUGUAAUCGUGAAAUUGUACGUUUACCUACGUUUUUUCCCACUUAAGUGCUUUUAUUUAAAAAAUGUCGAAAUGUAAAAAAUGACCUUUUUUUAAGUACAAUCUAAAACACUUCAGCUUUUAGAAAAGUUACUACAUGUAAAAAUUGGAGCAAAUUUACUAGGAAAAAAACGUGUCCACAGAUUAGAACAAAGUACAAAGAAGAAAUAAACAGCAUUGUGAAACCAAUAGCUCCCUAGCUACGCUCGGAAUCUAAAUGGGUACCUCGAUGUUGAUGAAGGGAGUGAAAGGGUUUUUACUAAAAGCACCUUCGAGAAAUAAUUUAAUAGUUAUACAUUUAUCCAAUGUUCUUUCGGAAAAAUACAAUAAUUGAAAAUUUUCUAACUGUAUAUCGGAAAUCCAUAAUAUUAAGGACAUUCAAGAAAGUUUUACAUUUCCACGAACCACACAUUUUGAGCAGAAGUUUGAGUAAUAAUAUAUUAUUAUGAGUAAUCGUGUAAUUUAACAGCGAGUUUAAUUGAUAUAAAAUGCACCGGUUAGUUUCGAACAGUCCCCAAGGAAAGCUUUUGUGAAUUUUUUGAUAGGAGCGAAAUCUCGGUGAAAAUUUGGUCACAGGCAGAAAAAAAACAUUUACAUUACGGUAAAACCAAUACAUUCCUAUCGUUGCGCUCAGAAUUUAAAAGUGGCCACUUCGACGUUUUUUAAUUAUUAAUUAUUCUAUAGCAAUACUCAUAUUUUAUUAGAGACCUACGCGCAUGCGCAUCAUAUAUCCUAUAUAGUUACUCGUUCCAAACCACAGUAAUUAAAGAUGUUGAUUAAUAUUGGCUGUUAAUUUGGCGGCUAAUGCCCGAACAAAAUAAAAUGACACAUAAUGGUGUUCAUUUUUUCGACGGACACUCAAACUGCAGUUUAUUUGCAGAAAGUGAACUGAAAUCAGUAUAGUCUAUUAUUAUUUAUUACCGACAUAUUGAGUGGUUAGCAGCUGUUGUAUAUCAUGACAAUUUUCAUUUGAAAGUUUUUUUUUCUUUAUCGACAUUUUCUGAAAAAAAAAAAACGUGUUAAAAAUUUUAAGUCUACGAUUAUUUUUCACUGAACUACUACAGACAAAAGAAAAAAUCGAAAUAAUUUUAAAAAAAAUGGUUUUCUAACGGUUUUUACUUGUUUUUCCCGUUAUCAAAAAAACUACAAUGAGUAUUGAAAAAUGGCCUCGUCAAUGAACCAAUUAAAUCCAAAAUGACGCAAGAAAGUUUUUAUAAAGUUUUUGUUUGAACCAAGAUUUCUGAUCGAAAAGUUGUUCGCGUAAAAACGCAUAAAACGAAAGAAUAAUAACAAUUAAGACAACGAAAAUAUUUUGCACGGCAAUUUGAUGACUUUGUUUAUACAAAUCCCCUUAUUUAUUAUAUAGGUAAGUACAGCGCAGUUGUUUAAAACUUCGUUGAAUUUUAUGUAUAAUGCAGAAGUUUUAGUGUACCAAUAUGGGUCAAAUGUGUGUAUAGUAGACACCUAUAAUAAUUUACUCGCAAUACAGCCAUUAGUUUUAAAAUCUAAAUCUGGCCUCUUGCUUGUGACAACCAUGAAAUUCAAAUUUAAUUUUUAAUAUACGUCCGAAAAACGAAAUUAAAAAGCCCACGGUGGACGGAGGAAUUAUUUUGAUUAUCGAUUCUCUGAUAGUCAUUGUUACACUGCAGCCGAACAAUAUAAUACAGCGGCACACAAUAAUAAUGUGUGUUAAUAAUAAUAAUAAUAAUCGUUUAUUGAUAAAAAAAAAAAGUAUAAACUUUUUACGCGUUUUUCACGGUCGGCUGAAACGCUCGAGUAUACUCAAAGUCGCUUAUUUUUGUUUAAGUGACAUUUUUUAUUAUUUUUUUGAUGAUAUACUUUUUAUAUGUACCUAUAAAUGUCAUUUGAAACGAAAUCGAUUUAACGUCUAACGUUGCAAACAUUCUAUCAACCUUAGCACUCUCUAAUAAUAUGUCGUGCGGCGUUCUUCAAUUCAGUUUUAAUAUAUAUACAUAUAUUUGUUUUCUCUUAUACUCGUGUCAUUGACGAAGACUCGAGUCACUACAAUAUUUUCUUGGCUACAAAUACUAAUACACACAGAACGUAUAAACACAACAAAAUAAUAAUUCGUCGAGUAGGUACAUAGAAUAUUGUGUAAUAAUAUUUUAAUUAUUAUUAUAAUAUGUCAACACGUCGUUUUGUAAUUUUUUUGCCUACGACGAGGUACAUUAUAAUAUACAUAUCAUAAUCGACACGGAUUAUUUCCGUGAGGUUAGGUUAAAAUUUUAAUCGAUUUAUAUUAUUGAAUCGACCUUCCCCCUCCCCCAAUUCAACAUUUUGGCUACAUCGGGUGUGUUAGCAAGUGCGAGGUUUGUACUUUAUUUCGUAUAUGCGAGACCGGUAAAAAUUGCCGCAAUAUAUUGUUUUGAUGACACCAUCGUUUACUUUUGGCAAAUAAAGGCCAUACAACAUCAAUGCCGUGUUUUAAAAGAAUUUUUAUAAAACUGUUUAGAAAAAAAUUAGUAUAUAUUUAGAUAAGUAUACGUCUUAAUUAAAUGCAUUUGCCUUUGUCUGUGAACAAGUGAAUUCAUACAGGAAUUCAGUAGGAACAUUCAGGUUAGGUGAUCCAGUGUUAUUCGCGUUAUUGAUGAAUAUUAUUUAUGUCGUAUUUUACGAAAGUGUAAAUGAAAUACAUGCAAUACGUUUCAGUGUAAUUAUGUAUAUAUUUCACAAAAAAAAAAAAAUUCAUAACAACUUAAAAAAACGAUGGUGUAUAAACGCGAAAAUUUACUAUCGUGUUUUUAAAAUAAUUGAUUAAAAAAAAAAAAAAAAAAUUGUAAUGUUGUAGCUAUAAUGGGUCCAGUGAAAGAGAACUCGGACUCGGACAUAAAAUAAUAAAUCAGCAAAUCAACGUGUUGAGAAUAAAUUGUGUUUACAUAUUUUCUAAAUAAAUAACGGUUUACUAUUAAUAUAUUUCUUUGUAAACUAAUGAUGGCUAUGUUUUAUAUAGGUAUGCUGAAAAGAUGUUUUACAUUCAAGUCUAAAUAUUUAUAUUACUUAAUGCUGUUGAUUAAUACAUAUUAUGAACAGCAGUUUAUUGAUUUUGUACUUUCUAUUAAUGUCUUACAAAGUCAAAUAUUUUCUGCUCGGUGUAUGAUUACGGAAUGAAAAUAUAUUUUACAUACACUAAUAUUAUUAUGUACAUAAUAAUGUAUAGCUAAAAAUGAUUAUUAGCACUAAAAUUUAGCAGAUUGUAGUGUAUAACUGUAUUAAAAGACUUAAAAACGAAUAUUUUUAGAUUUUAAGAUCAAAUUUUAAAUGUUACAUUUCCAUGAAGAGUAAAGUGUAAAACGAAAACACUGGUUUCUUAAUUUGACGAUGUGUGAAUAAUUGUCAAGUGUACGAAUCCAUAAAAAAUAUAGAAGAGAAAAAUUAUGAUCUCUGUAAAAAAACCUAAUCUCAUUUUAAUGUUUUAAAAAACUUAUAUACAUAUUAUAUACGUAUAUUUUGCUAUAAAAAUAAUUAACGACAAUAACUAUAGAGAAGUUUGAAUAUUAACGAUUAUUUUAUUACGUUUAAACUGCCGCCAACUCUGUUUUAAAUAUUUCGUUCUUAAAAUAGUGUCUAUGUAAAAUCAAAUAACACAUUAACAUAAUAUACAUGUGUAUAAAAUAGCGUUAAAAAAAAUAAUCAUUUAAUCAAAUUGUAAGAACGUCGUUAUUAAUGAAACAAUAUGUUUCAGGACCGAAUUUUGGAAAUCAACGGGCAAAAAAUUUUGCGAUUUUUGUAAAUGUUGGAUUGCAGACAACAAACCUGUAAGUGCAUAUUAUUUUUAAUAUAGUUCUUCUAUAAACACUAAGUAAUCUAUUUAUUCGAGUAUAAUAUUUUUGUAUUACAAACAGUAUACACUUUCAAUUAUAAACGUUUUUGUGUCAAACAGAGUAUUCAAUUUCACGAAAAUGGUAAACGACACCAAAAUAGCGUAUCUAAGCGGCUGGUGGAUAUUAAAAAAAACAGCGCCAUCGAACGGAAAGAAGAACAAAAAAUUGAAAUGGACAUGAAACGAAUGGAACAAGUACGCAUAACUAAAACGGUCAUAUUAUUAUUAUAAUGUAUGGUAGUGGCUUUUGGACAGUUUGUAUAGUGAGGAUCGGUAGCGUAAUCGAAGUUUGUUUCUAUUGAUAUAGAGUAGGUAUUCCAAAAAAAUUCUAUAAUGCCAGAUCUUUAUCAAAAUGUUGACUUAUUUUUACGACAAAAUUAUUAAUCACGCACAAGGGAUGGGUCCGGAGAUAAUAUACGAUUGUGCACAAUAAAUUCUGCUAUAGGUAUCUGAUUCUUAUAAAAAUUGUGAAUGCGUGUACGUAAAUAAUUGCAAUUUUGCUAUUACUUUCAUGAUUUUUACAUGCGUAUUUGUAUUUAAAUAUGAUCAAGUGUAGGUAAAAAUUUGAAAGAUUUGAAUAUUUUUAGUUUGUUUGAUAGCGUAUAGUUGCAUUUUAUUGGUACCUGUAUAUACAGUGCCAUAUUGUUAUGGGUUUUUUUUUAUUCGUGGCGUUUGGAAUUAUUGCGAACAAAUGGAAAUUUCCUACCCUUUCUCCAUCUCACAUGCAAGUACCUGUACUUAUGUUGAAAGCUGUUAAAAAUAUCAUGAUAUAAUAAAAUUAUUAUCGCAUUUAUUAGAUUUAUGGUUUCAAAAAUUUCAAACACCGUGGAUACCCCAUACCACUAAAUACGCCACUAGAACGUGUAGUUAGAUAAUAUAGUUUACGGCUGUGUUUGCAUUGCGUGGUCGUAUAAUAAUAAUAUAUAUGGUCGUUUAACGUGUUUUGAUUAUAUCAGCCCACCCGCCACCCAGUUCCUCAUAAUUCAUAUAAAUCGAUGAAACUAAUAUAAAUAUAUUUAACAAGCAAUUAGAAAGAAUAUGCACGUCAUUAUUUUUACGUUAUUAAUAAUAAUAAAGAAAGAAGGCCUGAAAUUUAAUGCAGUUUACCUAUUAAUCCAAUAAAAGUCCACUCAAGUAUUAUUGUAUAACUUUGUAAUUUAUAUCGGUUGCUCCUUCUUUACUUUUAUCGUCUGCCGAUUGGGUACUUACAAAAUAUUGAUAAUACAGUUUUAUAAAUUUACGAGAAAGUAGUCGGGAAAAAUUCGAGUGAUAUUGAUUUCGUUUUUUAAUAUUCUUUUAAAAACAUUUUUAUAAUCGUGUCUCGUUCAUAUAUUGUACUACAGAACGCGAUGAAAGCGUACUACAACGACAUACAGAACAAUCCGGAUUAUUCGUCGCAAAUGCUGAUCAAAGAAAGAGGAAUAACUAUAAGGCCAACGCCAUGCAUUAUGAACCCGCAACCGAUCAGGCCGACCGUAAAUAUUAGCUAUUCGAAAAACAAUAUGCCUGUGUCCAUCAAACCAGUGCCAGAACCCAAACCAGAGUACGUUUGGCACCAGUCCAGGACGGACGACGGGACCGACCUGAUGUACUACUGGAAUACUGAAACCGGAGGUCAGUGCUGUGAUGUAUAUACAAAAAGGCAUGAAUGGGGGGUGAAAUGAUCAAUAAAUCAAUGCAGUUAUCGGUGAUAAACUUGUGAUUUUUUUUAAAAUUGAGGAGGCUAUAUUUUUUCCACGGGUUCUAUUCAUGAGAGGGAAGUGUGUUUACAAAUCCUAUAGUAUGUAAAUACGCAACUAGGAUUCAGGUUUACAUUUAGGAGACUGACUUCGUUGGAACAGUACCAGGUUUGAACCAACAAGUUGUAUAUAUUUUGUAAAACUACUAAAACCAACUCUGUUACGUUGGUUUUUUUUUUUUUUAAAUUUCAUACGGUUACGUAGUAACUUGGGCUAAACUUAAAUAUGGUCUGUAAAUAUAUGAGAGGGAAGUGAGUUCUAAUGGUUCAACUACCCCGACCGAAUUUUUCGGAUUACAUGUUGUAAUAUAUAAGAAAGAUUCGGGUAAGUCAAUAUAGUAAACUUAGAUUAGCGAAAAGAUUAAAUGGAUGGAAAAUGCAUACAGGUUGGAAAAAAUGUAUGAAAGUUUUAAAAUAUUGAUACGUAUGACCGCUAAGUUUUUGGGGGUCCCAAAGAAUGGGAUACAUGCCAUUGUAGAAUGCUUGUGUUUACCAAAUCAUCGUGUGUUUUAGAGUCAGUUUGGGAACCACCGACCGAGGGUUUCUUGAGCGUUGCCGAACAAGAAGCUGAAGAGAAAAAAAAGGAGAAGACUCUUAAAAAGAAACCGCCGGCUGCUGGUGGGCCGAAAGCAAAGAGGAAAAAAGCGGACAGUAAGGGAGAUGGAGACGACGAUGACAACGUUGACGAACAAGAAUCGGCUCCGGUAGCUCCAGUGCGCGGUGAAUUCGAACCGUUCAUGGCGGAAACGACGCACAUAGGUUCGUGGAAGGCGGUGCAUAACACGUGAGUUUAAAACCCGUCUUGUAUAGUAUUAAUUAAAUAGUAGUAUAAUAAGCCGGAUGUAUCAUAAAAUACGAGUACUUAAGUCGAAUAAUUUUGGUUACCUGUGUAAGGUUUUUUUUUUACAAAUUUGUUGUCAUUCAUGAUCAAUAUUAUAACUCGUGAUUGCUCAGGUGGUACAAUUUGUAGAGGUAUGACUAAACCUAAAUUUCAUAGGGUACAAAAAUUGUUAAUAGCUCACCGACCUUAUAAAUAAUUUUUAUUCCAAACUUAUCAAUUAAAACACUUGCAGUGUAUAAAUGGAAUUUAAAAAUUAGAUAAUAUUUAUUAAUUUAUAUAGUUUUGUACAACUUUUAUAAAAGUACCUAUAUAAUAUGUAUAUAACUUUUUUUUGGUACAUUUUUUAUUUUAAAAUAUAUUUUUAUAAAUGUUCGCUAAAUUAAUGUACUUGAGCAAUAUUCGAAAAAUAGAAUUAAUAUUUAAAUAUAAUAUGUUAUAAGUACUUAUGUACAGUGGCAUGCCCAGGAAUUUUCAAUGGGAGGGGAUAUAAAGAAUAAAAAUUGUGAAUAAAGAGUAAAAUUGUCUUCUCUACCUAACUUGACUAUGAGAAUUGACAGUUUAAAAGCUGAAUCCUAAAAACAAGCCAAUUUCAAAUCAAUUCAUCGAUUUUUCCUCGUAACUUAGAUGAAAUUUAUGCAUUUCGAUAUUAGAUAUAUUUUUUGUAUUUUUAAGCCAGUGGAGGUGAUAUAAGUAUGUAACCCCCUAUUAUCCCCCCUGUGCACGUUACUGCCUAUGUAAAAACAAAGAAUCUUAUGAUUUAGAUUUUUGAGAGUGAUAAUUUUAAAUUUGUGAUUUUUAGUCCAUUUACACCUAAUCUUUGAAUUAGUACCUAUUAUCAUAGCCAUUGUGUACAACUCGUUAUUCAAUGUUCAGAAGGCAGUCAAUUUGGUAUCCGAAAUCCCGAAUCCGCUAUUUUUUACUAAAUUUUUUUACGUUUUGAUUAUUAUAGCUAUUUUAAAUAUAAAUUAUAAAUCAUCGAUCGAUGUGUCAACGACUGAAACUAACACGUCUAUUAAAGUUUCAUGUAUAGUUGUACAUAGUAAAUGUAGUAAAUACCUUAUACGUACAUCAUGUUGUAAUACUAACAUGAUAUAGUACCUAUAUAUCUUUACUGGGUUUUACGUCUUAAAAAUAAAGCUAAUUGAAUAUUUCAACUAGGAUUGGAAAUAUCGGAUAGACGUAAUAAUAAUUCACUAUGUCCGAAUAUUUGCAGAUUACAGGAAUAAAAAACAUUAUUUACUCUCUUGAAUUCAAUAUCGAUAAUUUAAAACGAGUUUUACUCGUAUUGUAUAAAUAUUGUUUUUAACUUUUGUAAAUUAAAAAUAUUUAAAUACUAAUAUUUACUAGAUGCCUUCUAAAUUAAAAAUUUGAUUUUUACAUUUUGAAUGUGGAAAAAGGUAUUAAAAAAGGUCUUUGGUUUUAGUUUUUUUUAAAGAAGUUUUUUUUUUAGAUUCUUAACGUGUUUUCUGAAAAAUUAAUAACAAAUUACGCUACAUGGGUUUCAUUUUCGUUCUAGUGUUGGAGUAAUGUAACCUAUGUAACCUAUGGUUACAAGAGAAAAACACGACUACAAAAAUUGUAUAUUAUAAUGUAUUCAAAAGCUUUAUGAAUUUAUAUUGAACCACGUGUAGAAUACAUAUUCAGAAUUAUUUAUUUAAUUCAUGAUUAUUGAAGUGAUUAUGAAAGAUUCAUAAUGAAUAAAUGUAUAUAAUGUUAUAUUAUACCGUAGACGAGUAAACGACAGUAAAGUAUUUUCACGUCUUUAACCCGUGUUUUUAUUCAUACAAAAACGUCAAAAAGGCCUAAAAAAAUCACUUAAAAUUUUUUAUUAGAGCAAUAAAGACAGACAGGUUUAAAAUUUCCUCAAUGUAGAACCAUUAAAAGUGAGACUAAAACCACUCUACCACUUUUACUUUUUUAAAUAUUUUAGAGUUCUUUUUUUAACGAUUUAAGCGCCUUUUUGCUGUUUUAGGUGCAUAUAAAUCCGUUUCCUAAUAAUCAUUCAUAGCUUAGCAACAAUUUUCGCAAUCGCGUAUUCACUUAGUAUCACCAUUAAUAUAUUUUGUGGUAUUACAAUCCCCAUUUAUAAGUGGUGAAUAUCACCUGUAUGAAAAAUGAUAAGAGACGUUUCUGGAAACCCGAACUGGUUGCAUUAUAUUAACAAAGUGCAUACGAAAUAAAAUACUACACAUCCUGGUUUUGCUGUUUUGCGUAACAAAUCAUGGUUCAUUUUCGAUUAGUAGAUGUAAAAAAUGAUAGUAUUGCAUCCUCACAAAAAUUCAAGGGGGUGCAAGUGCACCCCCAAAAUUACGCCCAUGUUGUUACUGUUACCGAUGUCAUUACAGGUAGAACACACACUUAAUUGAAUUAUAUGUGUUUUAUAUUACAUUAUUAUUUGUGUUUGAUCCUACAAACGUUUUUUUUUAUAAAUAUUAAUCUUUUAAUAUACAUUUAUUAUUACUUAUUAAUGUUAUUAAUAGUAUUGAUGUGGUUUUGUUAUAGUCCACAACAAGUAAUUGAUCUCCAGCUACCAGAACAGGAAUUUGUGGCGGUCAAGAUGCCAAGUAUCAAAGAAAAAGAACACACGUUCAAGGAAAAAGUAAUUGGCAGUUUGGACUCCAUCAUAACGAAAAAAGAAUCAUCUACAUCAGUUUCAUUUAAAAAGUCAAAGUUUAAUAAUUUGAACCGCAGAAAACGUUUAGACGAUGACUGAUAAGAAAGAUUUUGCUACAUUGCCUCUGAGAUUGCAAAAAUAGAGCAGCGGACAUGCAUUUAAAAUUCAACAUGAUUACGUUUAGUGUUUAAGAAUUGAACAAUAAAAGCUUGAUAUGAUUCCCUAAUAUAUAGGUAACUAUAUUUUUGUUCCCGAACAAUAAAUUUGGUUCAUUAGUUUAUGGAUAGUAAUACUUGAAUAUAAUAAUUAUUUUGUUCUUAGUUAUCUUUGACAGAUUUAUCUAAAAAAUAUGAAAUAAUUUCUAAGCACUUGUCUGCGUUAAAUCUUUGAUCCCAGAGAAGAAUGAUUUUUUAAUUUUUUUUUAUAAUUUUGUUAAUUUUAUUUUUUCUUUCAAAUAGUAUAAAUAUAUGUAUUUUUAAAAUUUAAUUUGAUUGAAUACUAAACAAAAUUAAUUUAAUACAAUAAAGCCAAUACAUAAUUUUUUAGCAGUCUUUAUUCUUAAAUAUUUAACAUUUUGUACUGAUGAGGUGAAAAUAAUAU